GAAAAAGGGAAAGACUUAUUUUGCACACAACAAAAAGAAAUGCAAAUCAGAGAAAGAUAUUGGUGAAGAUAUCCACCCAAAAGAAAUCCAAAAGAUUGAAAGAAGAUAUCACAUUGCAGAACUCCAAAUACAAAAACAAAGAAAACAAAUAAAUAAUACCCAAUUCCACAACUGCUGCUGCUAUCUAAAACCAGUUACCAAAUGUUGCAUUGCCACCACUACAUUCCCUCUCCUCAAUUCUUCCCUCGUAAUCACCAUCACCACACCUCCACCCCUUAUCUUUCUCUAACCUCUUCUUUCUCAAAACCCACUUCUCUUUCAACCUUCUCAGCCCUUCCUCCUUCGAAGCCAGACAUAUGGCUGGCCUCCGAACCUACACCCGUUACUCCACCAUCACCAUCUCCAGAAGAAGACGGUCCUAUAGAGCUCCCUUUCCCUUCCUCUCCUUCCAUUUUUGCUACUACAGAUGACCCUUCUCCCAUUCAGGUGGCUACCAGUGUUCUCCUCACCGGCUCCAUUGGUGUCUUUCUCUUUCGCGCCCUUCGCCGCCGUGCUAAGCGUGCUAAAGAAUUGAAAUUUAGGUCAUCAGGGGCAAAGAAAACAAUGAAAGAGGAGGCAUUAGAUAGUUUGAAAGCAAUGGGAUCAGCUUCAAUCGAUGCUCAGAAGCCUCCUUCACCACUUCAGACAUUUUUAGGUGGAGUUUCAGCAGCUGUGAUUGCACUUAUACUCUAUAAGUUCACCACCACUAUUGAAGCAGCUCUUAACCGCCAGACGGUCUCGGAUAAUUUCUCGGUUCGUCAAAUAACAAUAACCGUUAGGACGAUUAUAAACGGAUUGUGUUACCUUGCAACAUUUGUUUUUGGCCUCAAUUCUGUUGGCUUAUUCCUCUACUCUGGCCAGCUUGCCAUCAACUCAUUUAUGGAAGGUUCUACCAGUGAAGAAAGCGAAAGUAAAGGCAAUGAGCAGUCAGGUUCACUGAAUUCAGCACCUGAGAGCCCUAUAGAUAGUACUGAAUCUAACAGCAGCCAGGGAGAUCAAAAUCCAGAUAAUUCACAGUAGUGAAAGAGAGAUCAAAAAAUUUAGCCAGUCAAGAUGAUGACCUUGAAAACAAAUUACAAGGAGUUCUAUCAUUUCCUUUUCCCUCAUUUACUACUCGGGGGUUUCUUUUAGAAAGCUACUUAAGAUUUGAUGCAAGAAGAUUAAAGGUAUCUAGAGCUUCAUGAUACCAAAUGUUUCUGUAAUAACUGAUGUAUGUUAGAUUCUCUAAUGAAAGGUAUGCCAUCAUGGUUUUUGCAGUUAAAACUUAAGUCAAAGUGGUGUAUAGAUGGAUGAGGAUCUGAAAUGGAAGGAUUAUUAUAUUCAUCUAUGUGGAUGAAAGUUUUUUGGAAUCCAUGUCACGCAUAUUAGCUGCUCUGCAAUUUCAAUUCAUCAUUAAUACGAUUUGAACUAAAACCUCAAGUUUAACUGCAUGAAAAAUUUCCUGCCAAAUGCAACUGGGAAGAAUUGUCAACACCAUUGUGUUUCCAUGGUACAUGCUCUUGAAUUUUAACUUUAGGAUGUUUUUUUACAUAUCAUGAAGCAAGUCAAUUUGUAGCUAGAUUAAUUUCAACUUGCUUGCUGCUGUAAGGGUUUCUUCUUUCUUCAACACAUGAUGAAAGUACUCCCUUAUUUUUUUCAUCCUGAAAUUGUUUGGGGUGAUAUUGUAUGAUCUGAAGAUUUGCUUUCUUUGCCUUCUUUAUCAUGUUGUCUAUUGUGUUGCACAGUUUUUUGUUCAACUGCAGUUAUUUCCUUGCCAAUCCUCCUGAAGAGCGUAUGAAUCUCUGAUGCUGAUUCAAACUGAUGCAGCGGGGUUGAAUUUGAGUCUAGAGUGUUCAAACUCACCACCAUAACCAAUGAAGCUACAAGCAUAGGUAUUGGACCAAAGAUCCACAGCAGCAAAUUGGUGGCAAAGUAGAUUGCUCUUAACCCAACAGACCAAAAAACGCUUCCUCUAAUCACUGCCUUCUGCACAUAACUCACAGGUAUAUUACUAUUUGGCAUACUAAUAAGGAAGUUGGCAUGGACUAGGGAUCUUACACAUUGAAGGAAAGAAGCAAAAGCCACUAGGAAACAUAUGAGCAGGCUAAUAUAUUUGAUAGAAACCAUUGAUGAACUAGUAUUACCGUAUAUGAUACUACUUUGAAAGAUGUUAUGAGAAGAGCUGCCAACCCAUGUUCCGAUUAUGGAGCUUAGGGCUAGAGAAGUUGAUGCCAAGAAAGUUGAUGCUGUGAUAGUGCUGUUGAUUACUGCUAGGUAUAGACCUCUCUCCUUUGCCUCAACCUGCAAACGGAUGGGAUUAACCACUGAUGUGAUCAAGUGGGAAGGUAGAAAAGCAAUGAUAUAUAUAUAUAUAUAUAUGUGAAAUUCUGAAGGUUUCUAACCUGCAACACCCUCUCAACCCAAGCUCUUCUACAGUGAUUUUCAUAGCCAAUUAUAGUGGUCUCAGGAAAUUUUAGGCAUCUAUACAGGAGGUAGAGAUGGUAGCAACACAUGAUCAGCAAACCAGUUGGCACCAAAACUAAAUCCAAGUACUCUUUUCUCCAGCUCAUUCUCGUCCCUGUCCAGCAUAUAAGGUAGAGAAACACAGACUUGGUUGUAUUUCUACUGCAAGUAUUAUUUUGUUUUUUGGUAGCCAAACAGUAGUGCACUAUUAGUGGGAUUUGGUUAACUAAUCUGAAAAGCAACAUAACUCAUCAAAAGGGGGUUGUUGUGGGUGAUGAUGGCAAUAGAAUUUACUUUAUUUUAUUAAUUCUUCUUCUUCUUGUUCU